AUGACAUCCGCCCCCAAAAAUGCCCUCUCAGGGAGUGUCGAUGAAGUAUCUAAUACCCCCAAACUGCCAGACAAGUAUGCCGACGAGAGCUACAAACUGUUCUCCAAAGUCGAAGUCAGCGAUCCAACGCCAGAGGAAGCCAGGAUAAUCCGCAACAAAUGUCUCUGGAGAAUUUUGCCUUUUCUCUGCAUUGGAUACCAUGUCAUGUAUGUCGAUAAACAAACACUUGGAAGCUCUGCCAUUCUCGGCAUCAUGGACGAUGCCCAUCUGAACUCGACUCAGUAUAACUGGCUCUCAUCCAUCUUCUACUUUGGGUAUCUACUCGCUGAAUGGCCUCAGAACUGGGCGUUGCAGAGAUUUCCAGUUGCCAAAUGGCUGGCUGGUAAUCUCGUUGUAUGGGGCGGAAUUACUCUUCUUCAUAUUCCAUGCACAAACUUUGCUGGUCUCUUUGUCGUUCGGUUCUUUCUUGGUGUAGCCGAAGCAUCCAUUGUUCCGGCAUUCCUUCUGACUCUGUCCAUGUUCUUUACGUAUGAAGAGCAGUCUGUGUUGAUGCCGAUGAUGUGGUCGAUUGGGAAUGCUAGUCCGAUUACAUCUGGACUACUAUCGUAUGGAGUACUCUGGAUCAAGACAGGCACAUUUUCUCCAUGGAAGUGGUUCAUGGUCCUGACUGGUGGCAUCACUGUCCUUCUUGGUGUUGCUGUUUUUCUCUUCUUCCCAGACUCGCCAGUCAAUGCUUCAUUCCUCACUCCUCGUGAACGGGCACAAGCUAUUCUCCGUAUCAAAGACAAUCAUUCGGGAAUUGAGCAGAAACACUUUAAAAAAUACCAAUUCAUCGAAGCGUUGAAAGACCGUAAAUCGUGGCUGUUCUUUCUCCAUUCAUGGUCGCAAGAAAUGGCAAAUGGCAUCACCAAUCAGUACUCGCUCAUCAUCAACUCGUUUGGAUUUACCGUUCUUCAGACUACACUUUUAGGAUGUGUGUCUGGUAUCGUCGCCUUUGCUUCAUUGAGUACAUCUGCGUUGUUGCUGGCUAAGACAAAGAACUGUCGAGCCUGGAUAUCCUUGGUCGCAUAUAUUCCCGGUGCUCUAUCCAGCAUUUUACUUCUAAGCCUCCCCUGGUCAAAUAAAUGGGGCUUGAUCACUGGCAUCUGGAUCCGUUCAACAACAGGCAUUCCAUAUGCAGUCGUGAUGAUCUGGGCUGCCAAUGCAUCUGCCGGCCAUACCAAGAAGACGACUGUCAUUGCCAUGUACCACAUUGGAUAUGGAUUGGGCAAUAUAUUAUCGCCUCAGUUAUUCCAGCCACGAUGGAAGCCACGAUACUAUCCUACCUGGUCUAUCAUUCUAGUCGUCGCCUGCAUCAUUCCGUCCCUCACUAUUCUCUAUCUCCGCUGGUUUCUAUCCAGCGAAAAUAAACGACGCGACCGACUCCAAGCGCAGAAUCAGGUAUCAGAAAGUGGCAUCGUCGAGCACACCAGUGCAGACGGAUCGAGAACUGCAGAAGUUGUUGAUAAUAAUCAGUUGGAUUUGACGGAUAAGGAGAAUUUGGCAUUUCGCUAUGUGCUCUAA